UAGUUUGGUGAGAUGUGAUUUGUCAGGUUUGGCAGUGUUAGGUUUACAGGUAAUGUGGACAACAGCUAUUUUGUUGUAUUAUUUUAUAGUUUUUCUAAGGCUCACUUAUUUCAGUUUUUAAUAGCUUUAAUAAUUUGCUUAAAUUAUACUGUCUCUCUCAAUUAUAACGUUUCUAUGGAUUCUGCCAAAAAAAAUUGUCAUUAAGGAUUGAUAUUGAUCAACAAGGUUUAGACCUAAACAUUCCAUCACAGACUGAAACAGAUUGCAAUAAAGGUUUUUAUUAAAAAACAAACCAAUUGCGGGCCGCCACGAAUCAGUGAAGUCCGCGAACAGUGUAAGAAACUCAUUAAAAUCGAUUUUUAAUUAGUAAUUUUUGUAACCGAUCCUUAAAGGUUUUAUGGGGGUCCACGCACUAAAAACCUCACUAAAAACCCCAGAUAAACAUGCUUUAAGACAUUGGAUCGAAGUAUAUAGUAACUAAACUGAAUAUAGAUAUGUAAUAUGAUUUUCCUUUAUAGGGGAUACAUAUCUGAGACCAAAUAAGAUGUUUUUGGAGACUAGUCUAAAUAAUCCACCCUAAGCCCAGUUAUCAUCCAACAAAUUUGAUCUCAAUAAAACAUUCCGGAAGAAAAGGAGUUCGUCCCACUUCUGUAAAACACUGUAUUCAAUAGAUUAUAGUGUUCUUUUUAUAGCACUGCCUGCUAACUUGGCACCACGAGAAGAGGUACCACUUCCUGAUGUAAAGGCAUGGCUUUGGCAAAGCCUAUUAGAUGGGGGAAAGCAUAUGGGAUACGUAGCCUAUUACACCAAGAGUCUUUCUUCUUUCAAGGCGGCAAAAUCAAAGUUAGACGGUUUAGUUAGAUCAUUAAAAAGGAAAUAAUGUAGAAAGGCAAAUCUUUUUUUUUUUGAAACACAGAAAGACAAAUCUUUAAAAAGGAAAAAUAGCUUCUGUUAAAACAUUAUAAAAGGAGGUUACGGUAUUCUAUUUUGUUUCAUUCCCACCAUUCAUCACGCUUUCUAGAUAUCAAGAUUUGCUUCCAAAACUUUCUUUCUUGUUCAACUUCGGUAGAUAAUGGCGAUAAGAACAAGAAUCUUCAGCUUCGUGUUCGUGAUGAUGAUGAGCUUCACGGUUCUCUUGAGUUCCUGCUCGGCGAGGGUCUACAAAGUUGGAGAUUCCGAGGGAUGGACUGCCAAGGACGACGUCUACUACGCUUGGGCUGAAACCGACCAUAAGGAGUUCCAGGUGGGAGAUUCUCUCGUCUUCAAAUAUGAUCCCAUCAUCAACGACGUGACUCAUGUUUCUGGCUCUUUGGAAUACGAGUUCUGCGACUAUUCUUCUCCUAAAGCCGUCUACAACACAGGACACGAUGUUGUGACUCUCACAGAACCAGGUUUCCACUACUUCAUCACCUCCAACCAAGGUCAAUGCGUAUUGGGACAGAAGCUAGAAGUUCUUGUCAUCCAUGACCUCUCCAGUCCGGUUCCUCCACCAACACCACCUAGCAAGAUCCUUCCUGUCGGAAACACCUACAAGGUCGGAGACUCAAAAGGAUGGACCGUUUAUGAUAGUGACUUCUAUAGCAAGUGGAGUGAGGAGAAACAGUUUCAUGUUGGAGAUAGUCUUAUUUUCGAAUACGCCAAUGAAAUCAACGACGUCUAUGAGAUCAACGGAGAUCUAGAAUUCAUAACAUGCGACCCAACGUCUCCUGUAGAUGUGCACAAGACGGGGCACGAUCUUGUUAGGCUUACGGAACCGGGAGUUCAUUAUUUCAUAACCUCACAGUCUGGUUAUUGUGAAGCUGGGCUUAAACUUCGAGUCAUGGUGGGACCAAAACCCAAAGCUGUUACUUACCCUAAUUUUCCCAAGAAGGUGGUCUUGUCAGCUAUGGAACGCCUCAACAACUGGUUGAAUACUUUCAAACACCAGCCCCAUCAUUAAACCCAUUCGUUUGGAUUUGUUGUUUUCUUUCUCUAGUCUCGUUUGUUGUUUAGCAUCUUUAAUUAGUGCUUUUGUUUGAGAGUUCUUUUCUAUUACCAUCGUUGUAUAUUUUACUUGAUAUGAGCAGAAUAUUCAAUAAAAUUUCAUGUUUGCUCAAACAUAACUACAUGCCAAAGAAGUGUAUCACAAUAAACACCAGACCAAAUAUAUCCAAAAAGAUUCACUAAAAACGGCAUUAAGCUCAUCAAUACACAUAUUAGAUCUUAUAAACUUGAAACAACAUUAAGAUCAAAAACAACAUGAAUUAUUGCAUUGCGCGUUGUAGCUCCAUGCUGUAAGCUUAUAUGAUAUCUCCUUUUUAGCAAAUGUCUUUCUACGAAGGUGGAUUCUAAGUUAAUCUAAUUAAUAAAAUUAGGAAACUAACACAUAUAUUUAAAUGAAUGCGCCAUUAAAUGUUUUCUCAUAAACAAAUCCAAAGCUCUUUUGACAUAAACAUAGCAAACGAUUUAGCUAUCUAAAGAAACCGGAAAUUGGUUCAUAAACCGAACCAGUUAUUAGAUUAGUUAGGUGAUCUAAUCUAGUAUAUCUAUCUAUACUAUUAAAUGAGAAGGAGUCUUAAAAAUCUAAUUAAACAAGGUUGUUAGACCAUUUCAUUAGACUUAACUAUUUUUUUGUUCUUACCUUAUAUUUCUCUAACUAUAUAAAUACUUUAUAUAUUUAAAUGAACUCAUUUAUUAUUCACCCAUAAUCUAUUAUAUAAUUACUUUAACAAUAACUCCUCAUGAAUAUAUGACAGAUUAUUCAAACAUGUUUAUACAUGACGUGAUUAUUACCACAUAUAGUUCUAUUAAUAGUAUAAAAAUUUCAAUGGUUAAGUUAUUUUUAAUAUUGGUUGUAACGGAGAAUCCUCUAAUGUAUAACAAUUUUUUUUCAUUUUUAUGUGAAUUGGAAACUAAAAAUCUUAAUGUCAACAAUUCAACUAUGAAACAUUAAUUUAAUUAAUUACAUGAAAUCAAUUAUUAAGAUUUGAUCUUACAUUCUUAUAUAUGAACUAAAUGAUUAAUCUUAUCAUAAAAAAUAUCAAAUGGUUCUAAACAGGUUGGAGAUUUAAAUGGAAUUAGUAAAAAAGAUAUUGGUUUAAAUAUAACAUAUUUAUUUACUUUACAAAUUCUAACAAUGUAUAUGAUACGUUUUAUUGAAUUUUCACAAAUGUAAAAUAUCUUACGCUUUAAAUCGGGUAGUUUAGGUUGUUUGGAAAAAAAUAUAGGAUAAAUAGUUAACUAUUAAUUAUUUGAAUAAAAAUAUUCGAGUCAUUAAAUUUUUUUUUGCUUAAUUUAGUUUAUAAAUAGUAUUUUUAGGAUAUUUGGUUAUUUAGAAGUUAAAUAUAAUUAAUAUUUGUAGGAAUAUAAUUUCUAUUUUAAAAAUUUAAGUACUCAUUUGGUUCUCAGUUCGAUUUAUAUUUUUCGAUUCCAAAAAUAUAGGAUAUGUUCGGUUACUUAUAAAUUCAGAUUAAUUUUGUUUUGUUUUUUCAGUUUGAUACGGUUCAGUGCACCCAGUAAAUGUACACAAACCUAUAUAUUAUCUUUUAUAUAAAUUAUAUAAAAAGAAUUUAUUUAAUUUUAAAAAUAAACCCGCGUCUUCUAAGCGCGGAUCAAAAUCUAGUAUACUAUUAAAAGAGAAUUAUUCCAAAAAAUCUUCUUAAAAAGAUUGUUGCACCUAUUAGUAACUAAUUAUUUUCUUUGGUCUUACAUUAUAUUUCUCUAACUAUAUCAUAAUAAAUGUUUCUAUUUGUCUUUUAAUCUUAAUGGAUCCGAAAUCUAAUAUCAAAGCAAAUUAAUUGAAAUUGGGUAGUUAUGAUUUGUGCUCGGUUUGGUAUAAUUAAUUUACUUCCAAAAUUCAUAAAUGUAACUUUAAAAUAAUAAUUAAAACCUAUAAAUUAAAAUGUAUAACAUAAAUACAAUGAAUUUACCUAAUAUGACAAAUCAAAUAGUUUAUUUAGUUUUAUGUACUAAUGUAAAAUAUAUGAGAAGUCAAAUAAUUUUUUGAAAAAAUAUUAUCAUAUUUUUCUGGGUUUUGACCGGGUUAACCGGUGUCGGUUCACGGGUUAAUGACGAUUUUUUUUUGGUUUUAUCAGAUUUUUAAUUAAUAAAUUUCAUUAAAUCUGAAUUUUGCGAAAACAUAUCACUCGGUAAAACCUCUAAUAGAAUGCUAAAUGAAAAACAUAAGCACGUCUGGAUUAUAUACAGCCAUUGGGUUUACUGGCUUGACUGUGGGUCCAGAUCGGAUAUAAAAAUACUAUUUAUAUUUUGAAUAAAAAUAUUUAGAUAAUUUAUUUUUUGGGUAAUACGGUUUAUAGUGGUAUUCUAGGAUAUUUGGUUAUUUAAAAAUUAAAUAUAAUUAAUAUUUAUAGGUAAAUAAUUUGUAUUUUAAAAUUUUUGAUACCCUUUCAGUUUCCUGUUCGGUUUUAAUUUUUUGGUUCCAAAGAAUAGGAUAAGCUCGGUCAUUUAUGAAUUUUGAUUCAAUUUUGUUUUUAUUUUUCUCAGUUUGGUACGGUUUUGUUGCCCGUUUGCGGAUAAUUGUUCCUAGACUUAUACACUAUAUCUUAUAUAAAAAUUCAUUUAAAAAAAUUCUUUACGUCCGAAAAUAAAUUCGCGCUGUCAAAAUCUAGUUGAUAACAUUACAAAACUUAACACUUUUGUUUUAGGAUGUAACUGGUAACCAUAAUAAGAACACUACGAAUGGUUAAAAAAAAAAGAGUAAUAACAAAAUUUUAGGAAUGAUGAAGAAUGAUGAUUCUUUAUCAAAUUUUAACGAGGAAUAGUUUUGUUCUAUAAUUCUCUACAAACAAAACAAAGAGGAGGAAUAAAAAGAAAAAAAUAUUUAUCAUGAAUGGUAAAUGUUUGGGAACCUAGUGUUACUCUUUGUUCCUUUGCUCACCAUUCAAAACUUUAAUGUAAUUAAGAAGCAUCCAAGAAUACAUUAAUACGACCAGAGUUAGAAGACAAGAAAAAUGAAUGCACAAUUUAAUGUUUUCUUAGAAACAAAUCGAAACUCUUUGACCAAAUAUAUAGCAUAUCUAAAGAAAACCGGAAAUUGGUUCAUAAACCGAACCGGUUAUUAGAUAGUCAAGGUGAUCUAGUCAA